GUAGUAGGCACUGCUUGGGGGAUCUGUGUGUGAAUUGACAAUCACUGAAACGAUUUCCCUUUACAAUUUUGAACAAACAAAAUGCUCCAAAUCGUUGGAAUGCUACUAUUGCUAUUGAUGCUGAUGGCAGCGGGUGGCCAGGCAGAAAUAUCGCGUCAUCGUUUAACCAUAUUUGCGGAGGCGGGUCGCAUGGAAUGCUAUCAUCAGGCUGUGGCUGCCACAGAGCAUAUUAUGCUUGAGUAUCAGGUGAUCUAUGGCGGACAAGGCGAAGCGCAUAUCAAUUGCAAUUUAAUGGAUCCAUUGCGUCGUCUCCUCAUUACGGAUCACAAACAAGGCCAGGGCAAAUAUCAACUGGUGGCCAAUGAGACGGGCAUUUACAAGUUGUGCUUUGACAAUACCAUCAGCACGUUUAAUCAGAAGAUUGUCGUGUUCAACCUGGAGAUAUUGGCCGCCAAUCAUGAAGAGCUGGAGCGUCAAAAGACCAUUAAAGAGAUGAACACUGACUAUCAAUUCGAUCGAACAUAUUCGCACAUUGAUGACUAUGUGACUAAGAUUACGGUGAACUUGAUGCGUUCGCGUCAGAGUCAGGAUUACAUUCGUACGUUGGAGGCCAAGGAUCGCAAGGUGGCCGAAUCGAAUUUCACAUUGGUCAAUAAUUGGUCUGCUGCUCAGUUUAUAGCCAUGAUUAUUGUUGGUAUGCUGCAAGUGUUUAUGCUGCGCAGCAUCUUCAAUACUGACGGCAGAUUCUACAAGUUUUGGAAAAAGAUUUAAAUGUGUCUUAAUGCGAUAAUAAAGAAUAUAAAUUAGUAC